CUCUCCCCCAGUGUGACUCUGUGCCAUUAGGGCGUAACCUGCGCCUCGCUGCGAACGUUAGCAUAGAUUUCUGUGGCGAGUUUCAGCGAGGAGGGCCUAAUGGAUCACUCGUACGGAGGAGGAAGCUGGUCGAUGAUUCCCAACAUCCCGACCCACAGUAAUCCCACUACACCUUCAAGUCAGGACCAUCUGUAUCUCCAACCACAACAGCAGUUUCAUCAUCAACAACAGCAAUUUCAGCAACAACCACAACAGCAACAAUUGCACUAUCAACAACAGCAGCAGCAACAGCGUUUUCCGCAGCAGCCACAACAGCCGCAGCAGCAACACCAUCACCACCAAUCACUUGCUUCUCACUUCCAUCUCCUCCAUUUUUUGACGAUGUUACAGUUGGUGGAGAAUUUAGGGGACACCAUCGAAAAUGGGACUCGUGAUCCACAAUCUGAUGCAUUGAUAAAUGAAUUGAACAAUCACUUUGAGAAGUGCCAGCAACUGUUAAACUCGAUAUCAGAAUCAAUCAACACGAAAGCCAUGACAGUGGAAGGACAAAAGCGCAAGCUGGAGGAAAGCGAACAAUUACUAAAUCAAAGGAGGGAAUUGAUUGCCAAUUAUCGAAACUCUGUUGAAGACCUUAUCAAGUCUGAGCCAUAACAGCUUGUCACCUUUCUAAGCUGGAUUGUCGCAUAAGCGAUAUGGAGGAAGGUAUCACUUGGAAGAGACAAUGCAGCAUCUUCUGAAGACCAACUUCUUCUUGUUGGUACCAAUUGUAGCAGCAGUCUCAGUCUAACUCUUGUGAACUUCGCUUUGCCGGAAUUACAUUCUGAUAAAAUUCCCCAAGAUGGUACAUCUUUUUUUUUUUAAUUAUGUUAAAUGGAUAAAUGUAAAGCUAAAGGGUUGUGAAGCAGCUUGGACCAUCAUUGUCAUUAUUUUUUGUUGAAAUGAAGUAUUUUAGCAUCAUUUUCGUUGA